CGGCGUCUCUCCGGCCUGCCGCCCUCCCUCCCGGCGUCUCUCCGGUCUCCCUCCCUCCCUCCCUCCCGGCGUCUCUCCGGUCUCCCUCCCUCCCUCCCUCCCUCCCUCCCGGCGUCUCUCCGGUCUCCCUCCCGGCGUCUCUCCGGCCUCCCUCCCUCCCUCCCGGGGUCUCUCGGGUCUCCCUCCCGGCGUCUCUCCGGUCUGCCGCCCUUCCCUCCCUCCCUCCCUCCGUCCCGGCGUCUCUCCGGCCUGCCGCCCUCCCUCCCGGCGUCUCUCCGGUCUCCCUCCCUCGCUCCCUCCCGGCGUCUCUCCGGUCUCCCUCCCUCCCGGCGUCUCUCCGGUCUCCCUCCCUCCCGGCGUCUCUCCGGUCUCCCUCCCUCCCGGCGUCUCUCCGGUCUCCCUCCCUCCCUCCCGGCGUCUCUCCGGUCUCGGCGUCUCUCCGGUCUCCCUCCCUCCCUCCCGGUGUCUCUCCGG